UCCUUGAGCAAAAAGAAGAGUGAUUUUUUGGAAAGACAUUAUUUCUUCACAAAUACACAAAAAGAAAAUUGGUGGAUGCAAUUGACUUUGGAUAACGUGGCACCAAUCUGCUGAAUUCCAUGUAAGCAACUCUCCCCGUCUCUGCAAAAAUUUGAACCUCUCUCCCUCACGACAAGAUAUUACUUCUUUCACAUUCCAAUUUUCUCCAUUUUCCAAGAAAAAUGGCAGUAUCGGCAGAUUGCCGGUUCUCCCUCGCCCCUGCCGGCCAGCUGCAUGGGGCGGUGCGAUUACUAGGGAGAAACUCCAGACUUUUGCAGUGUGCUAAUGGAGAGUUCAUGGGAAAUAAGCUCAAGUUAAAAAACCAACUUCACCAUCAAAGAGCUUGUAGCAAGAUUAUUAAGCAACAUGUUUCCAUGUCCUUUACAACUAGUUUAGCUGGCGAGAACAAGUUGAGGGACCUAGAGAUGGAAAAGAGGGACCCAAGGACAGUUGUGGCAAUUAUACUGGGAGGAGGAGCUGGUACUCGCCUUUUCCCUCUUACCAAGCGCCGAGCCAAACCUGCUGUGCCAAUUGGAGGUGCAUACAGGCUUAUAGAUGUGCCAAUGAGCAACUGUAUCAACAGUGGAAUCAACAAAAUCUACAUUCUCACUCAAUUUAACUCAGCAUCACUCAACAGGCAUCUUGCUCGUGCUUAUAACUUCGGCAGUAGUAUGAAUUUUGGAGAUGGCUACGUUGAGGUUCUGGCAGCUACUCAAACUCCUGGUGAGGAAGGCAAAAGGUGGUUCCAGGGCACUGCUGAUGCUGUCAGACAGUUCCAUUGGCUAUUUGAGGAUAAAAGAAGUAAAGAGAUUGAAGAUGUGUUGAUUUUAUCUGGAGAUCACCUGUAUCGAAUGGACUAUUUGGACUUUGUACAGAAUCAUCGGCAGAGCGGUGCAGAUAUCUCCAUUUCCUGUUUGCCAAUGGAUGACAGCCGAGCCUCAGACUUUGGUCUCAUGAAGAUAGAUAGCAAGGGAAGAGUCCUGUUUUUCAAUGAAAAGCCUAAAGGGAAUGACCUAAAGGCGAUGGCAGUUGACACAACAGUACUGGGGCUUUCAAAGGAUGAGGCAGUAAAGAAACCUUACAUUGCUUCGAUGGGAGUGUAUGUCUUCAAGAAGGAGAUCCUUCUGAAUAUUUUAAGAUGGCGUUUUCCAACUGCAAAUGAUUUUGGAUCAGAGAUAAUCCCAGCUUCAGCAAAAGAAUUUUAUACUAAGGCUUAUCUCUUCAAUGAUUAUUGGGAAGACAUAGGAACUAUCAGAUCCUUCUUUGAGGCAAAUCUUGCCCUUACUGAGCAUCCGCCAAAAUUUAGUUUCUACGACGCAGCAAAGCCAAUGUACACAUCAAGAAGAAAUCUGCCGCCAACGAAGAUUGAUAAUUGCAAGAUAGUUGACUCAAUCAUAUCUCAUGGAAGUUUCUUAACCAAUUCUUUCAUAGAACAUAGCGUUGUCGGUAUCAGAUCUCGAAUAAACUCUAAUGUCCACUUGAAGGACACAGUAAUGCUUGGUGCUGACUUCUAUGAAACUGAUGCUGAAGUAGCUGCGCUGCUAUCUGAAGGGAGAGUGCCCAUCGGAAUAGGAGAAAAUUCAAGAAUAAGAGAAUGCAUCAUUGACAAGAAUGCCAGAAUCGGGAAGAACGUUGUGAUUGCUAACUCAGAGGGUGUACAAGAAGCUGACAGAACUUCACAAGGAUUUUACAUUCGAUCCGGUGUUACAGUCAUAUUAAAGAACUCCGUCAUUGAAGAUGGUUUUGUAAUAUAAUUUAUUUACUAUUCAACCUUUUUUGUUGGUCAGAUUGGAAAUCGAGAAAAUUAAGUAUGAGAUAUGAACCCCUAAAGAUACUGAUCACAGCAGUUUUAAUGCA